GUGGGCUCUGCGGCCGCCUCUCACUAGUCUCGUGCCCAGCAUCUCUCCUCCCCACGCACCGACAGCCCUGGGUCGCCGCGGGGCGGGGGAUGCCGGGCUGCCGCAUCAGCGCCUGCGGCCCAGGGGCCCAGGAGGGGACCGCAGAACCAGGGUCGCCCCCGCCGCCACCCCGGGAGCCCCUGCCGUCCCUCCAGCCCCCUUCCUCAUCGCCGACCUCGACUCCGACCUCCACUCAGUCACCGCAGUUACCCGAAGCGGCCGAGACACCCGUGGAGGGGCAGGAGCUGCAGCGCUGGCGCCAGGGUGCUAGUGGGGGGUCUGGGGGCGCGAGCCCGGCGGGGAUCGGGGGCGCAGGCGCGGCGGCAGGGGCAGGGGGCCGCGCGCUGGAGCUGGCCGAAGCCCGGCGGCGACUGCUGGAAGUGGAGGGCCGCCGGCGCCUAGUGUCGGAGCUGGAGAGCCGGGUGCUGCAGCUGCACCGAGUCUUUUUGGCUGCCGAGCUGCGCCUGGCGCAUCGCGCCGAGAGCCUGAGCCGCUUGAGUGGCGGCGUGGCCCAGGCCGAGCUCUACCUGGCAGCGCACGGGUCGCGUCUCAAGAAGGGUGCGCGCCGCGGUCGCCGGGGUCGUCCCCCUGCGCUGCUGGCGUCCGCCCUCGGCCUGGGGAGCUGCGUGCCCUGGGGCGCAGGGCGGCUGCGGCGCGGCCAGGGCCCGGAGCCCGACUCGCCCUUCCGCCGCAGCCCGCCCCGCGGCCCCGCCUCCCCCCAGCGCUGACCUCAGUACCCCGGACCCCUGGCCUCCCAAGACAGGCGGUCUCCAGGUGCGGGAGGACGGACGCACGGACGGAUGCAGGUGCUGGCUAGAUGGACGGCGUCAUCUACGCGGAGGAGACAGCGGGGGUCCAUGGGGGUCCUGAAAGUGACACUAAGGUGCCCUUGGAGGACAGAAGUGUUGGAGCCCCCAGAGCUCCUCAGGCCUCCACUCUAUGGGUCUGGACUGACUUCUGCAUUCCGCGCCUUCUCUGGAUACCCCGCCUCCAGGAAGACUUCCAGGACUGACUGUACCCAAUCUCAGCGCCCUCCUCUCAGGAGCCCUUACAGUGGCAAGAGACUGGGUCCUGGGAACUUGCUACACUCCGAAUUGCUUUCCAUACACUGUAUUUGACUUUGCUUAUACAGAGACCCGAGAUGCUCUCAGAUUAGCUGAGACUGCAGCCAACAUUGCUAGUGUGACCAAGAGGAGAAUUUCCUCUUAAAGAUAGACUCGUUCUUAAACAAGCCACAGUGUAGCUGAAGUCCGCAUCAUCACAAGUCACAGUGUAACCGGAGUCCCCAUCAUCAAGUCACAGUGUAGCUGAGGUCCCCAGGAUCCCUUCUCUGACCUGCAGCUCGAGAAGGCCUCUUUGAGGCAAAUCACUGCUGUAGGACACCCCCAUUUCUCCUUACCCACUGUCCUUGCCCUCCCCCUGUGAGUGAGGACAUGACUGUAGCUUCUUGCAGACAAUCGGCUGCUGCCUCCUAGGGGGACCCUUUUCUCAGGAUGAGGUGGUGGCAACAUCAAACUUCCAAAGUCGAGUUACACGCACAAAGGACAUCCACUUCUCCGUGUAUCCUGAUAGAGGGAAGGAGGCACAUUUACUCACACACCGCCCGGAACAUAGGCUUCUGUAAAGUGGCUGUUUAUCUACUCAGUUCCCAACCAUAUACGCGCAGGAAGAAUAAAGCUAAAUAACGA